AGAAGGCAUCGAGUUGCUCCCUUGAUUUAAUUAUUCAGGACUCCAAUUCAGCCCAGAUACCGAGACAUCCAAGUCUUCAUACACCAACUCACACAGUAACCAACCUCACUUGAACAACCGCCAUCCCGUUUUCUAUUCCCUUCUCCUUCAAGAUACCCGUCAAACCACCAAAAUGACCACUCACACCAUCCGCAAGGUCGUCAUCUCCGCCUUUGGCGAUCCCUCCAACGUCAACGUCGUCACCGCCGACAUCCCUCCCCCAGCCAAGAAUGAGGUCCAAUGCAAUGUCAUCUACGCUGGCUUCUCCGGUGCCGACAUCAACAUGCGUCUCGGCUCAUACCCCAUGCAAAAAGCCGCCCCGCUGACACCCGGAUACUGCUUCGUCGGUCGUGUGAGCGCCAACGGCGACAAGGCCUCCAAGUUUAGGCCCGGCGACCUGGUUGGUGCUCUGACCGUGUAUGACUCUGAGGCUCAGAAGAUCAACAUUGCUGAAAAAUACCUGAUCGCUGUGCCCGAGAGUAUCGACAUGCGAGAGGCCCUCGGCGUUGUCCUCGACUGGAACACCGCCUAUGGCUUGGUUCACCGCGCUACUGAUCUGGUCGGCAAGGGCCAACGCGUCUUCGUCCACUGCAUGAGCGGCGCUGUUGGAUAUGCUGUGACGACUCUCUGCCUACUACAAGGCGCAACGGUCUACGGCACCGCCUCGGAGCGCAACCAUGCCGCUCUACGUCAGAUUGGAGCCAACCCAUUCACCUACGCCAACAAGGACUGGAUGACCGAGAUGAAGAACCUAGGCGGCGCUCAUGUCGUCUACGACCCUAUUGGCUUCGAGAGCUGGGAAGAGUCGUGGGAAAUCCUCAUCCGAGACGAGCCCAGCCGUGUGGUUGGGUUUGGAGGCAACAUGAACAUCAUCCAAGGAGACGCCGGCAAGACGCGAUCGCAGUUUCCUGCGCAGAUGAAGCUUUUGGCCAAGAACGGCUGCCUCUUCACCAAGAGAAGCACCAGCUUCUACUAUAUUGACCGCGAUCGCUCUACCUUCAUGGAAGACCAGCACGCCAUCAUGCAGCUGCUUGUCGAGGGCAAGAUUGAAGUGCCCAUCAAGAAGAUCUGGGACAUGGAGAACAUCCGAGAGCCUCAUGAGAACUGGAACAAGAUCCCUGGUAUGGGUUCCUGCUUGAUUCGCGUGGACCCUUCAGCUUAGGAGAACAACAUGAUUGAGACUACAUUGGGGAAUGGCAUUUUUGGACUUGGAUGAAAAGAGCAUACGCGGGACUGUUUUAUAUAGAACAUGAUGAAAUUCUAUUUGGCAAUUACAUGGAUCUUCGUAUCCAACCAUUAGGCUUAUUUGAAGUCAAACUCUUCAUAAAACCAAUCAAUUCC